AUGUCCAAACCAAACCAGUCUAAAAAAUGUACUCCUACCCUCAACAAGCUCAUAACUGAUGAGGGUUUUCUUAUUCUUUCCAAUCUCUGCAAAGACCUUGAAACGAACAGCGACGAGUUUAAGAAGGAGUUCAAGCGCCUCCUCAAAGAGAAAAAGUUCCUUCAAGGCGGAGGUACUCUAGCAUUCGGCCUCGACUACAAGUACACUUUUGCUCAGAUCGACGGCGAAAUGACCUCCCUUGGGCUCGGCGGAUUGCGAAACUUUCUCAAGCCAAUUGACAAAAUACUCUACAACUUUAUCGACUCCUGCGGACUCAAGCCGGAGUUCAAAAUUGUUUACAGAAUUCGGAACCAUCCUAAAGUUGUUAUACUCUCCAGCAACAUCUCUCCCUUUCCUCUCGACCUCGACGGCCCAGUUUGGAAAAACAUGAAUGGUCUCGAUUCUCUCCGUGCGGCCAUCGAUGGGAUAGAUGUCAAACUAUCUAAAGGCACCCAGGUUCAUGCAGGAGCGAAAUUCGGAUGGCUGAAGCCAAUCGAACACAUCAACAACAAGGCUGAAUACUUGGAGAAAACCGGGGAUAAUCAGUACAGCAUUUCCUCCAUCUCCAGGUCUUAUGUUCUGGUGGUGAGCUUACCGAAGUGGAGCGAAAGCCGUGGAAUUGAACCAAAGGAUGUUCAUGCUACAAGGAAAAACGAUGGAAUUGAAUCAAAGAGUGCUAAUGAAACGAACGAAAGCUUUUAA